AUGAUUGGUCAGGUAGGUGUGCGUUACCGGAAGAGGCCGUUUCCUAGGCAGCAGGAGGAGGAGGAGGAGGAAUAAGAAGAAAGAAAGAAGCGACGGCGGCGUUUGCAACGAACUCUAUGGGGGAGGCCGAGGCCUUCGUCCCGCUCGUCGGUCUGCGGAGUGACGAGCUGGCGCUGCCUGCAGGAGGACAGGUAGGAGCCAAGACGGAAGGGGGUGGCUUUGACUAGGACUCCUGGGUCCCCUGUGGCCCUGAGAGGAGCCCUGCUAGGUAGGCCGGGGGUCCUGGCUCGCUCCUGGCCUUCAGAGGUAGACUGAGUCAGUAUGUGGAGGCUCUAUCUGCUGGCUAGGGACUUGGAACUGCUCUGCCAGGUCAGGCCAACCUUGGGUCCAGUAGGGCCCCUGCCCUUCCCGCCCCACACAAUGGCAAACCAGAACCCCAGAAGCAGGUUAUUUGAUUGAUUGUAUUUAUAUCCGAUUUUUUUCUCCAGUAAGCUAAAUGUGUCAUGUAUGUAGUUCUCUUUUAUGCUCCACAACAACCUUGUGAAGUAGUUUGGGCAGAGGUGAGAGAGUGGCCUCCAAGGUCACAGUGAACCCGGAUUUGUCACGAUUUGAACCCGACUCUCUCCCAGGUGCUGGUGCUUACAGCUUGGUCUGGGCGUGCAGCAGAAUUAGGUGGUAGUAAAAUGAACUGUCCCAACUACUUCUGGAGGAUCACAUUUUUAAAAAAUAAUUCUCAUCAACAAAAACUCCCUGCAACAGGAAAGCUAGUACAGUAGAGAGUGGACUGAUCUAGAACUUUCCCCCCUCACAGCCAAGAGAACCCAAAAGCUCCUGGACCGUAUAACAGAGGCCCUUGAUAAUUGCAAACAUGCAAGACUUCUUGUACGUCUGGCAAACCCUAGUUGUGAUAAGUGGCACCCACAAUGUAUUUGUGAGUCUAUAAAUUUUGUGGAUUUCUGCUGCCCGUUUCCAAAUCCAAAGUCUUGGGAUUCCAUACCUUCAGAUCCACCAAUUCCAGUGCAAUGGGAUAAGUUGCUUUUGUUUCAGGCAAACCUAUUCUGCUGCUUACUUGUAUGUAUAGUUCAUUUGUUGCCCACUGUUUUCCAGGAAAUAGAAAACAAGUCAUAAUCAAUGGUUAUUUCUAGAUGUGGAGGUGGUGUAAUAUUUUCAGACAGGCUUGAGACCUGACAUUGAAGACAGGAUGACUGACAGCCAAGUAUUACACCCUGAGGAUUAAAGUAUUUAAAGGUUUACAUUAUAAAACAGGUGACAAAGCCACAAUGGAAACUUUAGAAGAAGAAAACUUUGGUGUGUCCAUGUAAGUAUAUUUCUGUUUCUGCACUUUGAAAUGUUAAAGCCAAUAGGAAGUUUUAACAGUUAGGAGGUUUUUUUUUUAUGGCAUGUGCUUCUGUGGACUUGAGCCUAGAUGAUAGAAUAGGCUCUCUAGUCCACAAAAGCUUAUGAUGCAAUAUUUCUGGUACUUUUUAAGGUGGGAACAUUGCUUGGUGAUAUGUUAUUUUCUAACUUUAUUAAUAGUUGGUUUCAGUGUUAAUUUUUAAACUACAAUCAAGACUGACUCAUAAAGAUUUUUCUUUCUCAUGGAUAUAGAUCAGUAAUGGAUCAAUGAUAGAUCAAUGCCUUCCAAAUAUUGUUACACUAUAGCUUCCAUCAUUCCUGGCCAAAUCUGUAGGGCCAUAGGUUGCUCACCCCAGAAAUUGAUUUCCAUCCUCCUUUUUAAAAGCCAUCUAAGCUAGUGGCCAUCAUCACAUCUUGAGGUGGUAAAUCCCACAAGUUAAUAAAGCAUUGUGUGAUGAUUUAGUUAAGUGCUGUAUAUAGAAGUACUUUAUUUGUCUGUUACAAAUUUCCUGUCAGUUAAGUUCAGUGGAUAACCCCAGCUCUUUUAUGGACCCUGACUUUUAAUAUAAUGCCUGAAUCAAGCCAAAGCGAUUCUGCUUUUGAAUUGCAAAAACAACUAUAUUCUGAUCUGGAGGGACUGCUGUUAUCCCUUCUGUAUGUGGCUAGAUGGCAGCAAGUAGCAACAGUGUCUCCUCCACCAGGCUUGGGUUAGGAACAGCCUCUUCCUUGCUUCCAUUAGGACAGGGAUGUCCAACAGGUUGAUCGCGAUCUACUGGUAGAUCCCCAGGAGGUUUUGGUAGAUCGCGGUCGAUCGCUGGGUCCCUUUGCUUAGCGUUGGUAAAAUAGAAUCCAGCCCCGCCCUCCAUUGUUGCACGAUCUGCAGAAUGGAAGACGGAGUUUACUCAGUGAGGCUGUUUGUCUCCCCAGCGAUCUGUUGGUGAGUGGCUGUUUCCCUUUCUCCCUAAAAAUGGCCAACAGCUUAGCUUUGAACUCCCCCAAAACAGGGCUUUCCUCCUCCAUAAAAAAAGUUCAACAAUUGACAUCACUGCCAUUUUUUAAUUCCGUGAGUAGAUCACAGUCUCUUGGGAGUUGGCCACCCCUGCAGUAGAACAUCAGCUGUUAGGCACAUCACUCUUAUUCCCACUUAGUGAUGAGGGAGAAGAAACUGAAGGAUGAUGCCUUAUCUAAAACCUUGCCUAGUUUCUUCAUGGAUAAAGUACAGGUUGAACCCAGUCCAAGUCUGAGAUCAGACUUGGUUAAAUCUUGUCUGCAAUGCAGAAGAACGUCACCAUAAAAUAAUUCUUUGAGUAACUUGUGUUUGAAUAAACAACAGCUUCUCUCUGAAUGUAGCGGAAUCUGGGGAAGAGGACUCAGUUCAGGUAGAACAGAGCAUUACUGCAGUGGCUUAGAGACUUAGAGCUGUAAGCCAGGAAGUCUCUGGUAUGAAAUCUCACUUUGACAGCAAAUGCACUUAAGAUAGCCAUAGGCAAAUGGUUCUUUCUCUUAGUUUGAAGUUAUUCUCUGUAACAGGGGGGUGAUAGUGUACCUCCACUUUACAGGACUGAUGAAAACAUUACUGAGUAAUAUAUGUGCUGGAAGUAUUUUGUAUGCUCAUGUGUGCCAUAAAGGCAGUAAGGAUUAUUCUGUGUGCCCUGGAUUGUUAUGUUUAUGUGUAUUUCACCUUCCAUAGUAACCUGAAUCCAACUUGGCUGUCUCUCAUUUUAGCUCUUCACCAUCGGAUGCUGAGUUUGAUGCUGUUGUUGGCUAUUUAGAAGAUAUAAUAAUGGGUAUGUUUUUCUUAAGGUAGCACUGCUCAAAAGGGACUGCCAAGGUGCAUCUCUUCUUAUUGUUAUUUGUGAACACACUGGGAUAUUUUAGAGGAAUUGUUUUGAUCUUAUCUUCAGUUCUGAUUCUGGGGUGGAUUUUGUCAGCACUGGUUUUUAUACAAAUACAUCAUAGUCUAGCCCAGACCUUCCCCAACCUGAGAUACGAACUAUCUAAAAAGCACUACAGUGGUACCUCAGGUUACAUACGCUUCAGGUUACAUACACUUCAGGUUACAUACGCUUCAGGUUACAGACUCCACUAACCCAGAAAUAGUGCUUCAGGUUAAGAACUUUGCUUCAGGAUGAGAACAGAAAUUGUUCUCCAGCGGCGCGGCAGCAGCAGGAGGCCCCAUUAGCUAAAGUGGUGCUUCAGGUUAAGAACAGUUUCAGGUUAAGUAUGGACCUCCAGAACGAAUUAAGUACUUAACCCGAGGUACCACUGUAGGUUGAGGGGAAGUCGGUCUAGAUUAUAUUAUUGUUUAUGUAUUUUGCAAGUUGCUUUGAGGGCUCCUGAGGUGCCAAAAGAAGAGAUAGCGAACUAAUAAAUAAAAUAGAUACCCACCACUCUCUUCUUUGUGCAGUAUCGGCACGUGGGAAAGUGUUCAGUGGUUGGCAUUUGUGCCUGGCUGAAGGUGGAACUUGUAUUCUUUUCCUUGGACAUGGAAGCAGAGUUCUCAUGUAAAUUUUCUUCUUAUUCUGCCUGCUUUUCCUUUCUUGCCUCCACCUACUGCAUCAAGUUCUGAACAAGGUUCCUGCUCCUAAACAGCUGGACCCCAUGAUGAGAGCUCCUGUUGAGGGCUGGGGAUGCACCACAAUGUUUUAUUGUGGGUCCACACUUGUUGAUAGAUACUUGCCUUUCAAUGAAACAUUCAAUAAAUCGGUGGUGCCUGAGGUACUGCCCAGUAGGUGGCUUGAAACAACCAGUCAAUCCCUUUCAUGGAGAAGUGCUUGACAGCCGUGUUGCAAUUACAGUGGCAAAAUUUAUGCCUGAUUAAUUGAUUCUGGAUGAAGGAUUGGAACUGUGUGUAUGCUGACUUCUCCAGGGAACUGAUGUUGCCUCAUAUGUUCAUUAUCCAGCUCUGUUCCCUGGGUGAAACUUGCCAAAAGUCUUUUAAUCAGGCUCUGCCUUGUUUGUGUCAGUGAGAGAAACUCUUCAUCCUGCCAGAGGCUUAGCGAGCUAGCAAGAUAGAGAAGCUACUGCAUGGAUUGGGCCUCCGUCAGCUGCAGCUGUGCUGUCGUUGCAGCUAUGAGGGUCACCAUGUACUGGAUCCUAAGCUGAGGACAGCACACCAAUGAAUGUAGUCACUGUCUUUCGACUGAAUGCAACUGUGUUGUGAUUUCAGAUGAUGACUUCCAGCUUAUACAAAGGAACUUCAUGGAUAAAUACUACCAAGAGUUUGAUGAUACGGAGGAAAAUAAGCUCAUCUACACUCCUAUUUUUAAUGAAUAUGUGAGUGCAUAUGUCCUGUUUUGAUCGUUAUCACUUGCAUAUGAUGGUGGGCUUUGUCUUUUGAACAUUUGCCACCCUGUGAAAGAAAUUGGAUUCUGUGUGUUUCUUGCUGCACACAGCAGCAAGUGUGACCUGUGAACCAUAAGAGAGAGAGCAGCCCUGCUUCAGGAUGUUGAGGCUCCGCUCACACCCUCAGAGGGACCUGAGACCUCAGUGCAGGUCUGAAGGCCAGCCUUCAUCAACCUGGUGCCCCUUCACUGUUUGUUUGUUUUAAACUAUAACUCCCAUAAGCCCCGACCAGCAUGGAUGUGAGCUGUAGUCCAAAACAUCUGGAGGGCACUAAGUUGGUGCUGCUGACCAUCCAGUGUGCUUCUCUGGGCCGUACCAUCACUUUGUUCACUGUGCCAGGAAGGUUUUCCUGCUACAAAGUUUGCGCAGUGACUAGAGGGGAGGGGCCCAGGCUGGUUGCUAUCCCAACAUGGCAUCUUUUGUAACAGCUUAGCUUCUUGUGAAAGUUUUCAUAAUUGUUGCAGAUUAAAGGGUUGUUAAGGGCACAGCUGCAAGAGCUGGUUUAAACGCUGGCAACACUGAUUGCUGCUGAGGCACAUGUGGUUUCUGAAAGAUCCUUAUGGUAGCUUGCAAGUCUCUAGUUGGGUUCUGAAAUUUGGGGGUUAUAUCCAAUGAUGGUCAGGGUACUCCCAUCAUUAGUCGUGCUCAUUGAUUUCAGACAUAUAGUAAUUUUGGUGGGUCUGCCCAGAGUAAGGACCCAUAGUGUUCUUAUAACUUGAGGGUAAUGAACAGAACAAAUUACUUCCUCAAGGCAGAGACUCAGCUCUACAUAUUUUAACUGGUUGUAUCCUGUUGUUACCUGUAACAUUUCUCAUAUUUGGAUCCAAAAUGUGGUCCAGCCAUUGACAGUCUAGUAAGCUGCACCUGAUCUGUCUAGAUCAAAACACCUCUUUGUGAGAUGGUAAGCUACAAUAUUUGCUCCCUGUCAUCCUCAGCUGGAAAAUAAUAAUACAGUGCUUCUCACUUCAGAUAUGCUUAGUUGAAAAAUACAUUGAAGAAAAGCUCUUGGACAGGAUUCCUGGUUUCAGCAUGUCUGCCUUCACCUUGUCAUUACAGUAAGUUGGAUCCUUUGCUUUCCAUUUCUUUUUCAUCUUCAUUGCAUUAACUUGUUCUUAAGGCUCCUUAUUGAGUAGGGUUGGGCUUUGAAUUUUGGGAGCAUCUUCUCUCAGAUGUGAAUCCACCUAUUUUAAGCUCUGCUGCAGACUCCUUGCCCCAGGGUCUGCCCUUCUCUGAAAUGCAGUCAUGUGGUCCUCUGAGCAGGGAGCUCUCUAUAAUGUCAGUACAUCUGUGAAAUAGCAUCCCCUAAGAGUGUCCACAGAAUGGCGCUGUGGGUUAAACCACAGAGCCUAGGACUUGCUGAUUGGAAGGUCGGCGGUUCGAAUCCCCGCGACGGGGUGAGCUCCCGUUGCUUGGUCCCAGCUCCUGCCAACCUAGCAGUUCGAAAGCACCUCAAAGUGCAAGUAGAUAGAUAGGGACCGCUCUCCGGCGGGAAGGUAAACGGCGUUUCCGUGUGCUGCGCUGGUUCGCCAGAAGCGGCUUAGUCAUGCUGGCCACAUGACCCGGAAGCUGUCUGCAGACAAGCGCCAGCUCCUGGCCUCUUGAGCGAGAUGAGCGGGCAACCCCAGAGUCGGUCACGACUGGACCUGAUGGUCAGGGGUCCCUUUACCUUUACCUUUGUGUCCAAUGGACCUUACCCCCUUUUUCCCAUUUAGAUAUAAUGUAAAACAGGAAGAAGACCGCUGUACAUCAUUCAUAUAUGUCAUGCACUGAGGCCCAAAUGUUCAUGAUAUGCACAAAUGCAAACAAUGGGCUAUUAAGUCACUUCCACGAAAAGAGAAGACUGUUCUAUGCUUAGCCAGUGGUGCCCAUCCCAGCCUCCUUUGCAGAUCAAGGCCCAUGCAAUCCCAUGCCAUUUAUAGAAACCUUCUUGAAGAUUUCAUAUUGUUGAUCAUUCCUGAGGGCUGCAUAAUGAAAACUGAUGUUAAAUGGAUAUUCUGCUGCUUAGCGAGCAGAUCCAUCCCUUUGUUUAGUAACAGCUUAGAGCCUGUUUGCCCAGUAUUCCCUCCAUCACCACCCUUGGGCACACACAGCUGAGGAAAAGCUGUAAAUCAGACAUCCAUGAAUGCAGUUGGCAGAAGUGGCUGUGAUUGCAGCAACAGCAUUCCCACUCCCCUUCAGAUUCUGAAGCUGCAGAAAUUUCUGUGGGCUGCUAUCUGUGCAUUUUCAAAGGGGGGGGGGCGAUGACGGAAGCACCCCCUGAUGCAAGACAGAAUAAUGAUUAAGCUUAAAAUCUAAGAUGUGUACAACUUUGAACUACAUUUUCUUUGGAUAAUUUCUUGGUGACAGUGUGUGAAGCAGCCCUUAGUCCCAUUAUUUUCAGUACAAAUUACUCUGUGCAAGUGGCUAAUUUAAAGAGAAAAUGCAACUUUUUUUGAUAGGCAUUUUCCUCUUUAGCUUUUGUAAUGCAUCUUUUCUCAAUGCCUUUUAAUAUCUAGAAUGUCUUGCUGUUUUAAUGAUGAAUCUAAAUCCUUCAAUUACAGGCAGCACAAGGAUGAAAUUGCAGGGGAUAUUUUUGACAUGCUUCUCACAUUUACUGACUUCCUCGCAUUUAAAGAAAUGUUCCUGGAUUACAGAGCUGUAAGUACUUCAAAGCUCAGAAAGCGCACACUGAAUGGCCAGGCAAGUUGGUUUAAUUGGGAGUGACUCUUGGGCAUAUUGAGCAGAGAGAGAUCACUUUCCCAGUUCUGCUUCCUAAGAGCCUUUUAAGUGAGGAAACGAAAAACUGAUUUUGGGGCUUUCUGCAUGCAAAGUAAUUGGGGCUCCUUCCCAGCUUCUGCGUGAGAAAGAGGACCUCAGUUCAGGAAGAGAGGGUUGGCCCUGGUUUUCGGUUUGGCCAAACUAUAGCACUCUGGAUGGGGUGGAGUGGUUUUCAAAUGUAACUUGGGGUGGUGGUUCUUUUUUUAUCAAUGGGGAAACUGAGACUAAAAGUAUUAUGACCAAAAAGUUGCUCAUUGACAGUUUGAUAAGACACCAUUUUUGUUAAUUUGCAUAGCUAUCAAGAUUCAUGUCUUAAGUUGGUAUAGGUUUUGGGGGUUGGGGGGGGUCUCAAAAUGCUUUUAGUGAACCUCAGUGGUGAAAUGUGUGUCCACUGCACAAGUUUCGCUCCAGAAUUUUUUUUUUUUUGAAAAUACUGGAAACCUGUGGUCCAAAACAAGUCAGUUUGAAGUAAUGCAUGUGAAACCCCAAAACCAGUUGCAUUUAACAAUUCAGAACUGUUGUUAUUGUGAAAUCUUAAACACUGAUCUUUUAAUAUUUAGUCUUGAUAAGGAGGGUUUGAAAUAGCAAAGGGGCCAGUUUCAAAAGGUUGGUUAAGGCAGAAAUUGUAAGGGAAAGACCAGGCCAGCUGCAAAAAUAAUUCUUACUUAUUUUGGUAGUGGGGGUGUUCAAUGCAGAUGCACAGAAUCUGAAACUCAACAAGGUUGAAACUCAACAUUGUGUAUAUUGCUCUAAGAAAAAUGUGUGCAUAUGCGCAUAAUGUGUGUAUGUUUGUAUGGAGAUGGUGUGUAAAUUUUUAUAUAUGGCUAUCUGUGCCCCUGGUUGUCAUGAGGGUUUGCAAAGGCCAGAGCGGCAGAGGGCAAGAUGGCAAGGGGAGGGCAUGGAUUACUAAGGUUACUUGGCAUGGCAAUAGAGGCUAGGUAGCAUGGAGUAAUAGUCAAAGGAGGUCUGGCAGCUGUACCAAGGAUCAGAACUUGCCCUGGUCAGUAGAAACCCUGCCCAGUCUCCUCUGGCUUCACCCAUGGCUACUGUCAGCAACCCAAAAGCUCGGGGGGGGGGGAUCAUUGCUUAUUGAUGAUGAAAGUUAUGAUUCUCAGUUUCCAUAGCAGGUGCCAGAUUCCAUGUGGAAUUUCUUGCCCACAGCCUUGCAGAAAAUAGAAGCCCUGUGUUUCAUUACAAAAAUGCUUCCUUUUCUGGCUGAAAGCCUGCCAUUUAGAAAUGCCACCAAACUGAAGUAUUUUUGGCAUCUCCGUUCUAGGAAAAAGAAGGCCGAGGCCUGGACUUAAGCAGCGGAUUCGUGGUGACACCCUUGAGCAAGUCCUCCAUGUCGCCUUCCGCAAACAGUCUACGACACUAGCUCUUGCCUCCAAAAGAGAGCUGUCUCCACUUGGGGUGCCCUGAAUGCAAAAGCCAGCAGAAGAGAUUAGUGUGAUGCUGAGGCGUGCAACCCUUAUUCCCUCUUGGCAGGCCAAUUUUUCGUCUUAGCUGCUCGUUUGAAUUGGGCAUUUCCACUUGAUCAGUGACUAGUAUAACUCCAGCCCUGUCUUAGCACUUGGAUUUGUUGCUGUGCCAGCCAAAAGGGACUUUAUGCCAUGGAGGUCAGUUAGUGCCAUGGUCUGUUUGAGGGCUGCCGAUUUCUUGGAAGGAAAACAAGCACUUCUUCAUUGGACAGCAGUGAUGGAAAAUGAGUGUCAAACGUGGGAUGGUUCUAACUGCACCACCUUUUUUGAAGUUCACAAUCACAACAAAUCGGGGGAAACAUGUUAGCGUAGUUCUGAAUGCCACAUUUUGACUUUCGACAGUAGCACGUGUGUGUUUGAUGCGAAUAUAUAUAUUUAGCAUGAAACUGUUAUUUGUCAGUUCUCUAGUAAUUGUGAAUUUGUAUCCUUUCCGAUUCAGCAGGCUUAGUGGUGUUGCUCUUGUAAGGCCCCCACUUCAGCUGCAGAAGGAAACAGAAAACAUGGGAUUUCCAAAGUAACCUCUCUCCUAAGAAAAAUCACACCCUGUUUCAUUACUACCAGCAGUAUGUGCUCUAGCACGGACAAAGCUUUCUGCAAUGUCUUCAUGGGGGAUGGGGACUGUAAACCCAAAUCCAAACUUGUAUGGCUUUCAAGGAACUUUGGGAAUUACAGUUCUGUGAGGUGCUGCAGUUCUUUAAAAACAAAAACAAAAGAGCUAAAGUUCCCCAGGUUCUGCAAUAUUAAUUAGUUAAGCUGGUUUUAACUAUAAUGACCUCCCUCACAGCGAAGCUCAGGAAAUGGUCUGAGAAGUCUAGGACUGACUCUACCAGGUGUUUUUUUUUUAUCACAGCCCCCCACCCCCAAAAUAAAAUUACCAAGCUUCUUUCAGGAAAGCAAUGACAGUUAAACCCUCUUUUAAAGUGGAGUGAAUGUUUCCCAAGUGGCUUGAUUAUACCUGCAAGCUUUGGGAUUUCAUCAGUGUUGUGUUUUACUAAGGUUAAAAAAAGAAAACAGCAUGGAUAACAUUGCCUGUGCCAUUAUCGGUCUGCAUCUUUGCUAGAAACCUGGGAAGCCUCAUGUGUGGUUCAUGCUGAUGGCUUCCUACCUCCAUCCUGGCUUAGUGACAUCAGCUAGUAAUACGUGCCAGUAGUGUUGGAUCCGCUCUGCUUGCCCCAGCCACAUCUCUGUUUCUGGCUUACCUCCACAUGGAUAUGUGGAGCUGAGAAAGAUGUAGCUGCUGUUGCCAUCUUGACUUGUGGAGGACCAGGCAACAGGAGCAGGGAAUUCAAAACCCAAAAAUUCCAGUUGUUCCCACUUUCCAUACGUUGCCCGCCUUUACUCUUGGUUGGUAAUUGAGUGCUCAAAGACUCUGCAUGUACCUUCCAUGUGCUGCUGUCACUCUGAGGCUUCUUCCAAAGUCACAUAUGGAAGAAAGGCUAGGAUGACUGGCUGAGCCCUGGAAAUUUACUAUUGGAGCCUUUCAGGCUUCAAAUCCUUUUGUCCAAGCAGGGGUAAGUGAUUCUUGUAAUGAGGCUGAUCACAAGCAUCUUAUAUGUUUCAGUUUUGGGUGACAUAUGGCACAGCACAGUACUUGCUUAGCUAAAUCUUGGGAGAUUGAGAAGGGGGUAACGUGGUAUCUUUACAUCAGCAAACUUUUGCUUUCACAGUGUUUUCUUUUACAUACGUUUCCCUUUCAGGGUUGUGUUCUGUAAUGUGUUUAGGCUGUACACUGAUCUGAAACUUGAUUGGCAAGAUCCAGAAGCAAAAUCUGCAUUGUAAAGGAUGUUUUUUGUAACUUGUUUUGGCAAGGUCCCAUGUGUGUAAACAAGGAAUAAUCUUAUCCCCAUACUUUGAAGGUAAUGCUCUGUUGGUAUUUGAAAUGUGCAAGAAGUGCAUUUUCAAACAGUCACAGCAAGGCAUAUUGACAAUAUUAAUGACAGUAUUUAUCUUGGUGCAGUUUGCUUUUAAAAAUCCAGUCUUGGUCAGCAAAUGGGUAACACGGACUGGAAUGCAUGAUCAGAUUCAAAGUUGGAAGUUUCUUGUUUCUCUCUUGCCAUUUCAAAGACAUUGUCUUUCAGUGCCCAAUUUGUCAGAACUAUGAGGAGAGACAAAAGUAAAUGAAUUUUCAUUUUCUAAUCUCACCCAAAACCGCUGAGGUACAUGGGAUUGAUUUUUUGGUAAGGCUGAAUGGAAUUUUAGAAGAUGUCAUUACAGUAUUGGAUAGUCUAAGAAAUCCUUGGAGAGGACUCUGAAGGAAAUGUGUGCAAUCGCUGGAGGAACACCUUCCAUCAAGAGCUUCUCUUGGCAUUUUUCAAUGGUGUGUUAACAGUUUGAUUCUUGGUAUGAAGUGAACUUCAACAGGAGGCAGGCAAUUUGUGUGCUGUUGGCAAACUAAGACUAUAUUGUUUUGUGUUUGAUUAAACAACCAAGUAAAUGAUUAUUCUCUCUGGGUAUGUAAAUCUGGGACACUGGGAGAAGCAAGUAUGCGAUACUAUUUACUGGGGCAGAAAUAAGGCCAAUAAUGUAACAUUUAAUUACCCUUAGCAAAAUUGCACACCUGAUUGUGUGUGUGUGUGUGUGUGUGUGUGUGUGUGUGUUUGUAUUGUUUAGAUUCCAAAGUAACUGCACCUUUUGACUGUUCCCCUGGUCAUUUUUCAGAUAACUGCUUAGUCUUGUCUGUAUGCUGUUGCUUCUGGGUGGAAGGGAGGACAGAGAUUUAAGUAGCAGCUACUCCCAUUUUUUAAAUAAAACCUUCUAUCUACCCAACCAUAAAAACAAAGGCAGAAGGAAUGGUGGUAGGUGUAGCUGCAGGGGAAAGCAAAGCUGUCCAUGGUGAAAUGCCCCUUUCUCCGCAGCUAUCAAAGGUGCAGUCAUCCUGUCCCUUCUUUGCUUCCAGUAGACAUUGGAAAUAGCUCUUGUCAUUGUCUUAAAGGGUAAGGUAGAGGGAGGAGAAGCAAGAGGGCAUGAUCAUAACUCCAAACUCAUGGAACAGUUAGGGUGAUGCCCUGGUGCCUAUUGCAGAGCAUUGAGAGCUUGCUGUGGAAGUUAAGGAAGCCCAGGCCUAGUUUUCUGGAUGGGAGAUUGCCUGGAAAAUCCAUCAAGGAAGAAAGAAAGAGUCUCUAAUAGAAGGUGAAAAGCUAGUUGGACCUGGUGUGCUUGGAACUCUUGGUCACAAAGCCCAACUCUGCCUUUUGGAAUUUCUUCUGGCCCCCACUUCAUAAGGACUGGAACCUUUUUUGCUUUUUGCUUAGCCAUACAAUGAAAGAGUUUAUCAGGCUGCUGUGCUUGCAUAAUGCAGUCCAACACAGGACACCCACAUGCCUUCCUGAAUUGUCUAGACUAUAUCUGGCAACUAAGUAAGUGUUUAACAAGUAAAGACAGGCAGAGCCAUUCCCCGUGGACUUGUACUACUGAAGGAAACGAAUUAGGUGCCUCUCCAAGCAAAGUCGGUGCUGGAAAGCCCUCAUUUGACAAGGGUGAAAGAUUUAUUUACUUUAUUUAAAACAAAACCUUUUUUUAGAAAUAAAAUACCUGUGGUCUUGUACCAG